CCCCGCCGAGCGCCCGCCCGCCGGGGGCCUGAGCGCUGGGGCGCGUGCGCGAGCGGUGCAGCACCGGCCGCGGGAGCAGGGAGUAUUAUGGGCUGUGGGUGCCUCUGAGCAAGAUGGAGCUGUCUGCAGUGGGCGAGCGGGUCUUCGCGGCCGAAUCCAUCAUCAAACGCCGGAUCCGCAAGGGACGCAUCGAGUACCUGGUGAAAUGGAAGGGGUGGGCGAUCAAGUACAGCACUUGGGAGCCAGAGGAGAACAUUUUGGAUUCGAGGCUCAUCGCAGCCUUCGAGCAGAAGGAAAGGGAACGUGAGCUGUAUGGGCCCAAGAAGAGAGGACCCAAACCCAAAACUUUCCUCCUAAAGGCCCGGGCCCAGGCCGAGGCCCUCCGCAUCAGUGAUGUGCACUUCUCUGUCAAGCCGAGCGCCAGCGCCUCCUCCCCCAAGCUGCACUCCAGUGCCGCGGUGCACCGGCUAAAGAAAGACAUCCGCCGCUGUCACCGCAUGUCCCGCCGUCCCCUGCCCCGACCAGACCCACAAGGGGGCAGCCCUGGCCUGCGCCCACCCAUCUCGCCCUUUUCUGAGACCGUGCGCAUCAUCAACCGCAAGGUGAAGCCCCGGGAGCCCAAGCGCAACCGCAUCAUCCUGAACCUGAAGGUGAUUGACAAGGGUCCGGGAGGAGGCAGCACUGCGCAGGGUGCAGGGGCGCUUGCCCGCCCCAAAGUCCCAUCACGGAACCGGGUCAUUGGGAAGAGCAAGAAGUUCAGCGAAAGCAUGCUGCGAACCCAGAUCCGCCACAUGAAGUUUGGCACCUUUGCGCUGUACAAGCCCCCACCCACCCCUCUGGCGCCCUCUACUGCAGGCAAAGCCGACAUGGCCUCCUCCGGGCCUGGGCUGCUCCUGUCCACUCCAGCAGCUGCCUCCUAUGACGCACACAGCUCCAGCUCUUCCGGCUGCCCGUCACCCACACUGCAGUCCUCUGACCCAGACGAUGCACCACCCAAGCUACUCCCUGAGACCAUGAGCCGAUCUGCUCCCAACUGGCGAGAGCCAGAGGUGCUCGAUCUGUCCAUCCCUCCUGAGGUGGCAGCCACCGGCCAACGGGCACCUCCUGAUGUCACUGCUGCUGCAGGCCAAGCGCUCCACGCAGCCCUGGAGCCCACAGGUGCCUGCUCCUCUGAGCCCGAGGCUGGAGACUGGCGCCCUGAGAUGUCGCCGUGCUCCAACGUGGUCGUCACGGAUGUCACCAGCAACCUCCUGACCGUGACCAUCAAGGAAUUCUGCAGCCCUGAGGAUUUCGAGAAGGUGGCUGCGGGUGUGGCAGGUGCUGCCGGGGGUGGUGGUGGCACCGGGCCAAGCAAGUGAGGGGCUUCCCCAAGGAGGAAGGCUUUGGGGGGAGCCUCCUUCCUAGAAUCAUACUUGCGCUCCCACCCCGUCCCUGCCCUCAGACCCGUCUGCCUGUGCUUUGCUUGCCUCCGAUGGCUCGGUGUUGACCCAGGGAUGGGGCUGCGUAGUCCUGGAUGUGGUUAGGGCACAGGAAGGGAGAAGUGCUCCCUGGUGUCCCUGGCACUGUCCCUGACUCUGCAGGUGGGGCCCAGUAGGUGGCUUCUGGGGAAGUCCAAGAACUUGGGGUUCACCUGCCCUACCUACACCCCACCCUGCCUCUCUCGCUUGCUUCUUGCUCUGUGUGCAGUGUCUGGUCUCGGUGCUAUCUUAGCAGCGUCAGGGCCCCUAGGAAGCCCCUCCUAGGGUGGGCACAGUCUCUUAGUGCCACCUGGGACCGAGUGAAGGCUGAUGCCAACAUGGGCUCCUCCCUCAGCGCCAUCGAGGGUGGCGGCAGCGGGGCCAGAGGUCCCCUUCCCUGCUUGCCCUACAUCUGGACCAGGCCCACACAGAUCUUAUGCCCCCCACGCCCUGUCUCCAUCCAGAACCCCUUUGCCGGUGGAGGGGCUGGCAGACAUAGCACCCUGCUGCAGCCUCUGGGCAUCUGAAAGCCCCCACGUUUUCUACCAAAGGUGCUGCAGGAACCUGCUGUGGAAACUUCCCUGCAUGUGCGUUUGCCCCUUGGCUUGUUCUUGCGUGGAUCCAUGUGUGUGUUGGGUGCAGGGCCUCAGGCUUUCCUGCAACACCCCUUACGGUUUCUUAGAACAGGGUCACUAAAGGCGUGGCCUCCCUUGCCUUAGCCAGGCCUGGCACAGUCCAGUCCGUGCGGUUUGCCGUGGAAGCCACAGGCCUCUUUUCCAACCCCAGGUUCCUGGGGGACAUGAACCCCUCAGGCCCUUCAGACUGCAGUCGUAGCGUGGUGGGGACUGUGGUGGGGGAGGACCCAGCUCCAGCCUCUCCUUGCAGAUGUUGGUGGAGGAGAGAAGAGCCCUAGAGCCCUCCGGUCUCUCCCACCCUUCUGGCUUGCUUUCGACUGCUGAGCUCCCUGGCAGUCUAGCCUGUUGGAAAACUCUGGGUGCCUUGGGCAGCUUCGCUUGCCUUCUGCUGCUAGGGAACCGAGGCAUCCAUGCUGAUGGCCGAGACCAAAGCCCCAGUUGCAGGCCAGGCAGCACUAGGGACUCCACUGGCCUGCCCUCGGCCACUGCCUAGGAUUCACUUGGGUGUUGAGUGGGAUGUUCCUGUGUAUCCUGGGCCGGCUCUUGGUGCGCCUGGCCCUUGGUACCUUGCUCAGCGUGGUAAAAGGAGCCGCCAGCUGACCCGAGGACAAGAAUUCUGGUCUUAGGGGAAGGUGCUGUUCCUUCCCACCCCCUGCCAGGGUCUGCUGCACAGCACAGCCCCCCUCGCCCCGGAGUAUGAAACGGCUCCUCACAGGGUUUGAGAGGGCCACAGUCCAGGGCCCACUUUGUCCUGUGUGAACCCUGAUGCCGUCCAAGUGCCAAUUGGCUUUUCCCCCAAAUAAGGGCUGGUAUUUCACCUCUGUCCCCAGAGGCGAUUUCCCCCUCCCCUCUCCCAGGUGAGCCACCACCUGGGUGCCAGUUACAGGUGUUUGCAGAGACCAUAGAAAUGUGUUUUCCCGAGAGUCUGUGUCAUUUGUGACCUUUUUUGUAAAGAAGUUGUGUUUUCAGAGGUGAUUUUAUGACAGGAAAGUGAAAGAGUUAGUUUUGCAAAAAAUGGGAAAAAAAAAGAAAAAAAUUUUUAAAAAGUUAAAAAAAAAACAAAGAAAAGAAAAAGUAGAAAAAAAUAUUGUGAUUCCUAAGUGUGGGGUUGGAGGGAGAAAGCUAUUUAAAGAGAGCAUAGUAACGCAGCGAUUGCACAGGUGAGAUGGCAUCCUUGGGGUAGGGUGAGCCCUGAGCUAGCUGGUGGGUCCUCCAGGCUCAAAGGCACCAUAGAUGGCCAUGCAGCAGCAGGGCAAGUGUUCUUUGGUGACCUAGGAACAGGUUCUAUUCCAGCCCUUGCUUGAGAGGUAGUUCCCAGGGAGCUAGCAGGAAGCUCAGGCAGGUGGCGGUUGCGGGACUCCCUGGGGAAUAGAUUCACUGUGCUUUCCCCCCCAGGGAGACUUCUCAUCCGCGUGCUGUUACUUUCCACCAGCUUGCUGGGUCAUGUCACCCUGGAGACCAAGUCACCCUUGAGUUCCCCUGGUUAGGAAAGGGAUGCGGGCUUCAGAAGCCGCCAAUGGGGUAACUCAUGCGUAAGGCCUGGACGGGGGCAAUGCCCGGGACUGCUGCCGAGCAGAGAGAGCCCUUCUUCCUCUCCUGGAUGGCCUGGGGUGCUACACGGACCCCACACAACCUUGCACCCUCAGCCUUCUGCAGGCCCCCUCCACCCUUGCUGCUUUUCGUUUGCCUAAUCACCAAGCAGAAGUUGCAGUCCGAUUUGCUUUAUUUUUGUAUGUGAAGUGACCUCCCUGGUGGUCAUGCCCUCCCUGUAAAUGCACCCUUCCCAACCACUUGUCAGGAAGUGGAAGUAGGUGAGUCCCUGGGGUCUUGGGUUUUGAGCUGGAAGGUUGGGUGGGGCCCAUCCCCGGUUAGUCAGCCCCUCUGUGAAAGGGCUGUACUGAGCAGCAAGGCCUUGCACAAAGCACUCUGGGGCCUCCAGCUGCCCACAUCCCCUAAGGGAGCAAAAUGAGCCUCCUUCCUCUGGGCAAGCCACCCUUGCUUCGGUGGGAGGGGGAAUUGUCUCUUUCAAAGGAGGUUAAGCUACUUCUGGAGUGAUGAGGACUUAAAACUUGGGCUGGCUGUUGUCUAGACUAGAGAGCUGUCCCUAGCAGAAACUAGGCCAGUCAAGCAUCUGGGCAUCUGCCAGCCUUUCUGACAUCUGGGGACCUGAGAGGCCCUACCCCUUUCCCUUACCUUUCUGGUUUGUUUGGUUGGCUUUCUUUUCUUCUUUGUUUUGUUUUGCACUUCAAUGGAGGGUGGAACCCUGUCUGGUCGGCUCUGCCCUUGGGUUCCGGUGCACUAGGCCAAGGCUGCCUCUCUGGGGCUUCUGUGGCUCAAGGAAUCACUUUUUAACAGAAAAGAGAAAAUUUAAGGGUUUUAGUUUUGGUUGUCUGCUUCUCUUCUUGGUUCAUGAAGCCCAGAGAGUGGGGUUCGGCACCCCUUCUGACAGCCACCACCGGGAAGGUUGGGUGGGGGUAAGGACCCGCUUCCCAGCCUACAGGUCCCUCUGUCCCGUAAAGGAGUCAGGACUCCACUCCCGCUGUACGCAGAGCGUCAGCUAGGUGAUGGAGCCAGAGGGUCUGAAGAGGCCGGGUGGAAGGAAGGGGUCAAGUGCCAGGCACACCGGUGCCGAGGGGUGAAGCAGGCAUCUUUUUGUCGGUUUUAACUUAAAAACACAAAGGCCUAAAGAAAUAUGUAUCUUAUAAUUUUGUUUUAAUUUUUAAGAAGCUCAUUUGAUGAACUGCACGAAUGGAUUCUAUAUAUAUAUAAUAUACGUACAUAGCUCUAUAUUUGGGGACGGGCACUGUCUCUUUUCUCUCGCGUUUUAAGGGUGACGUGUCUGCCUUUGUCUGUGGUUCAACCAUCCAGCUCCCAGCUGGCUAAACUUUGCCUCCAGUGGCUAAUGACGGGGACAUGGUGAAGCUGGCCGGUGACAAAGGGGUGGGCCCCCAGUCUGCCCUGCCCCUCGGGGAGGACUUCUGGUGGGGAGGGUAGCUUAUUUUGGAUGUGGGUUCCGUAGAUUCUGGGCCAGGGGAGGGCGGGCUCGUGCUGAUCACUCUGUCUUGUUCGUUUUGUUCUGCUGCUCUUCAAUAUUGUAUCGAUGCCAGGAAAAGGAGGUGAGACCUCUUUCACCCCCAAAUAAAUUGUCACAUUCCGAAGCUA